UUAACAAAAUUAACAGUUCUAUUUGUUCUAACAACAAAACAACUUUACAAAAACCUAACAAAAUGUUCAAAUUCUUCGCUUUGUGCUUGUUCGCCAUUGUUGCCUUGGCUGCCGCUAAACCCGGUGUUGUUGCUCCCUUGGCCUACUCUGCUCCCGUAGUAGCUGCUGCUCCCUACACCGCUGCCUACACUGCCGCCUACACCGCCCCCUAUGCUGCUGCCUACUCUGCCUUCCCAUAUGCUGCUUCUCCUUAUGUAGCUGCUCCUUAUGCUGCUGCUUACUCCGCUUAUCCUUAUGCCGCUUCUUAUGUCUUGCGUAAAUAGAUUGAUAGUUUACUGUGAUUUGGAUUGUUAUAGUUUAAAACCUGUUGAAUUUGAUGACGUAAUUAUGCAGUUAAAAUAAAAUUUUUUAAAAAAAAUU